CCCCCUCCCCCUCUCCCCCAGGCUCGCGCGCCCCGACCGCCCCCUCCCCUCCCCUUCCGCGCCGCCGCGAUGCCCCCCCCUGCGCCCGGGGCCCGGCUCCGGCUCCUCGCCGCCGCCGCCCUGGCCGGUCUGGCCGUCAUCAGCCGAGGGCUGCUGUCCCAGAGCCUGGAAUUCAGCUCGCCUGCGGACAACUACACAGUGUGUGAAGGUGACAACGCCACCCUCAGCUGCUUCAUUGAUGAGCAUGUGACCAGAGUGGCCUGGCUGAACCGCUCCAACAUCCUGUAUGCAGGAAAUGACCGCUGGACCAGUGACCCCCGGGUGCGGCUGCUCAUCAACACCCCUGAAGAGUUCUCAAUCCUCAUCACCCAGGUGGGGCUUGGUGAUGAGGGCCUCUAUACCUGCUCCUUCCAGACCCGCCACCAGCCCUACACCACUCAGGUCUACCUCAUCGUGCAUGUCCCUGCCCGCAUUGUGAACAUCUCCUCACCCGUGGCAGUCAAUGAAGGGGGCAAUGUGAACCUUCUCUGCCUGGCUGUGGGAAGGCCAGAGCCCACUGUCACCUGGAGACAGCUCCGAGACGGCUUCACCUCAGAGGGCGAGAUUCUGGAAAUCUCCGACAUCCAGCGGGGCCAGGCCGGGGAAUACGAAUGCAUUACUCACAACGGGGUGAACUCCGCGCCUGACAGCCGCCGUGUGCUGGUCACAGUGAAUUAUCCCCCGACUAUCACCGACGUGACCAGCGCGCGAACCGCCCUGGGCCGGGCGGCCCUCCUGCGUUGCGAAGCCAUGGCUGUGCCGCCUGCAGAUUUCCAGUGGUACAAGGAUGACAGGCUGCUAAGCAGCGGCUCGGCGGAGGGUCUCAAAGUGCAGACGGAGCGCACCCGCUCCAUGCUUCUCUUCGCCAACGUGAGCGCUAGGCACUAUGGCAACUACACCUGUCGAGCAGCCAAUCGACUUGGAGCGUCCAGCGCCUCCAUGCGGCUCCUGCGCCCAGGAUCCCUGGAGAACUCAGCUCCGAGGCCCCCGGGGCCCCUGACCCUCCUCUCCGCCCUGGGCUGGCUGUGGUGGAGAAUGUAGACGCCACCCAGUACAGCGCACCUCCCCCUGCAGGGGGCCUCAGGCCAGGAGCAAGAGAAAGGGGGUGAGCAAGCGCCCUGGGUCUCAAGUGGGACAGAAGAGCUCUCAGCCACAGAGGAAGAAAGAAGAGGAGGAAGGUCUUUUAGAGAACCCAUCACUGUGAGGGAUAACGCAAAAUUAUGCAUCUUUCUACAGCCAUUCUCGCCA